CUGAAGUCUGCGGUCCUGGGUUACAGUCGUCUUUGUAUUUGUUUCAUAUUUACAUACUACUCAUCUUCAUUAUAAACAGAUUUUUUACUUUAAAUUCAUAAAGUUCACCGUGGAACUGAAGAGACUUCAUGCUGAAAAAUGUCCACAAUUAAUUGUAAGAAUAUUCAACACAACAGAUUGACGUUGAAAUACUCCUGCAAGUUCCCCGGCUGUUGACCUGGCUAUUAUGUGGGUUCAAUGGAGGAAAUUUGCAACAAGUAUUUGUACAGGUUUCCUAAACAACCUCAAGAGUUGCUUCUAAAGUGGAAGAGUGUUUGUAAACUGUCACCAGAUGUGAACUGUGCUUCUUAUUUUGUUUGUGAAGAUCAUUUUCUCGAAGAAGAUUUUAUGAAUAAAAGUAGGCAUAGGCUAAACAGGAGUGUGUUUCCAAAGCAUGUGACAGGUGUUCCUUGUGAAAUUGCCAAAAUCGGUAGUGAAUCAGGUGACACUGUUGUUAAUAGUGAAUUGGGCCUACCAAGCACUAGUGAUGCUAUGGCAACUGUUCAUUUUACAGCUGCUAAUACCAGAAGUGAAACUGGAGUUAAUGAACUACAAAGUCUUAGUUGUGCUGUGACAAGUAGUUCUCAUGUAGGUGUUUGUACCAGAAGUGGAUCAGGUGAAACUGGUGUUAAUAGUGAAUUAGACUUACCAAACACUAGUGGUACCAUGGAAAAUCUUUAUUAUACAGGUGCCAAUACCAGAGGUGAAACUGGUGUUAGAGAAUUACCUAGCACUAGUUGUGCAGAGUAAUUCAUUGAGUGAUGCACCUCUUAAAUUUUUUAUCUCCCUUCAAAUGAAUCUGCAGAUAGUGAGUACACCUUCUUAUCUGAAACAUUUUGUAAUGAGGAAAGUAGGGUUUUAGGUACAGGGGUUUCAAAAGCAGACUUAACUCCAACAAAAUCAAAAAUGUACAAGAUUCAUAGGAAUACUCUAACAAGGCUAUCAAAACUGAAAGCAAAGCUACAUGAUGAAAAAUCAGAACUGAAAGCACUUAAAAGAUUUAUAUGACAGCAGUACUUUCUCUUCCAUAAUCUAAUUUAAACUCUGUUGCCAAAAAUUUCAUAUACACCCAAUUAUGAAACGCUCAUCGAUCAGCAAAUGCAAGGCGAUGGACACCCGCAAAGUAUUUGCUUUAUCCUUAUACAAACGAAGUCCCCGCCUAUAGAAAUAUUUGUCAGUUCAUUUUUAUCUUCCCUCUAUGAGGUAUCUGAAAUGUCUGUUGUCUUCUAUACCUUUUGAACGAGGAUUGAUUACUUCGGUCAUGAAUGUAAUGAAAGCUGAAGUGACAAAUAUUGUGCUUUGUUGUUUGAUGAAAUGUCUUUAGAAAGAGGGUUGUAUUAUAAUGCAACCAAACAAGUAAUUUCGGGGUUUCAAGAUUUAGGGCAUUUAGGGAGGUCAAAUGUUCAUGCAAAUCAUGCAUUAGUUGUCAUGGUUAGAGGCAUACAUAAAAUCUGGAAGCAGGUUGUUGCUUAUUAUUUCAUUCACAACUCAGUUUCAAGUAUCACUUUAAAAAGUCUUAUUACCUAUGUCGUAAGGCAAUUGCAAGAAAUAGGGCUAAAGGUAAUUUGUACAGUUUGUGACCAGGGUGCAACCAACCAGAGAGCACUGAAGGAACUCUGCUGUGAGAAAUCUACUGAGUCCACUCCAUUUCAUUUUGUAGUCAGGGAUGAACCUAUUGCAGUCAUUUAUGAUGUCCCACAUCUAUUUAAAAAAUACUAGAAAUACUCUGCUAGGAAAUAAAAUACAGUUUGGGUUUAAAAAAGAGACCAUUUUUAAUAUAUCCACACGGUUUUUCUUCUGGAUCAGCAGAAGAUGUUUGAGACAUUGCCAAAACUAAAUAGGAAUCAUUUUGAAGUAAAGGAUUCUUUUACUAAAAUGUAAGUCAAGGUAGCUACAGCCCAGCUUAGUCAUACAGUUGCUGCAGUUAUUGAAACUUAUGUGGCAUUUAAUAUCUUACUUGCUGAGGCAAUAUACACUGCAAAAUUUGUUGAAAAGAUGGAUUGUUUAUUUGAUUCACUGAACAGUUCCUAUUGUUAUCCACAAGAUGGUAAGUCUUAUAAGAGUACCCUCUCUGCAGAGUCCCCACAUAUUGAAAUUUGGUAUAGUCUGUUAAAGGAAAUGGAAAAUUGGAAAGUGUUGGAGCUAGGCACAGGGAGAGAUAAGGCAAAUAUGUUCAGUUUCAUAAGUGGGUUGCAAAUUACAAUAAGAUCACUGAUGUUCAUUUGGAACAGAUUAAAAAAAAUGGCUUUAAUUUUUUAAGCUUGAGGGCUUUCAAUCAAGACCCAGUGGAGAAUGUAUUUUGUUGUGUGAGGCAGCAUGGUGUUGCAAACAUCAACCCAACUUGCUUUCAGUUCAAAGCAGCGUUGAAAACAGUUAUAGUCAAUAACCUACAAAUUCACUAGGUAAUUGUGAGGAUGAUAGAUGCAUGCCAUUAAGCAAUUUAAGGUAAUUUUUGGGAGCUAGUGAUGACUGUGAUGACAACUUCCUUGACUCCACAACACACCAUUUCAUCAUAUUGUGCCCUUGUUGAUAAUGAAGCUGUUUCUGGUAGUGGUGGGGGUUAUGUAAGAAAUGACAGACAAGCACUAGCAUAUGUAGCUGAUUACAUUCUACAAAAGAAGGGUGUAACACCUGACACCAACUGUAGUGACUGUAAAACAACUCUGUUCUCACCAACACCCACAGAGAAUCAUUUAUUUACAAGUUUCAAAGAAUAUGAUGCUUUAAACCCAAAAUUAUUGUAUGCUAGUGACAGCUUAAUGUCCUUUGUAGUAAAUGUUCAUAGUCAGUUGUAUGCAUGCUUAGAUAAAUGUGAAGACCAGGAACAAUUGGAGACUACAUUCUAUUCACUGUUUACAUUUCCAGAGGAAAUAACAUUUUGCAAGUCCCAUUUUUCUGAACAGUAUAUUUUAAGACAAUGUGUACCUCUAUUGCUUUACAAGUAUGUGAAAGAUUGGAAACACACCAUCAGUAAUAAAAGACUUGAUAUUGUUAAAAACAAAUUCAGCAAACGGUUUAAAGCUUUAUAA